CACAGUGUCCGUAGUAGUGUGUUACGUCCAGUACUUCCGGAAAACAAGAAAAAAGCGAUCCAAUGCUCUAAGAGGUCGCAAUCAGAUCGAUCACAACAACAAACCUGUUUUAGAAUUUUGGUAGGUAGAAUAGUACGAAGUGUUUGCCUCUCCAUGCUGCUGUGCCGCAUUUCAGCAGUGAGCCAGAGCGUAGCGAGAUGGGGAACGAGUGUUCGGAGAGGCGCCCUUCUCCACCCCGCACUCUCCUUCAACACCAGCCGUUGUCAAAAUGUCAGCUCCACCGAAGGUACGGUUCACCCUGCAGCCGCCCAGGGUGCCGGGCCGUACCGCGACAGUGUGUUGCUUCCCCGUACUGAAUUCCCCAUGAAACUAACCGGACAGAAUCUCAUAGACCGGGAGGUACAGAUACAACAGGAGUGUGGCUUUGCAGAACUCUACUCAUGGCAGAGAGAGAGGAAGGCCAAGAAGGAAUACUGUCUCCACGAUGGCCCCCCAUACGCCAACGGGGACCCACAUGUGGGGCAUGCCCUCAAUAAGAUCCUCAAAGACAUCCAGAACCGCUUUGAGAUGCUGAGGGGGAAACAGGUUCACUAUGUCCCAGGCUGGGACUGCCAUGGGCUGCCCAUUGAGCUGAAGGCACUGGGAGAGCUGGGAACCAGUGGACUGAGCCCUCUGCAGAUAAGACAGAAAGCUCGGGAGUUUGCGGAGGGGGCGAUCGCUCGUCAGCGCGCUGCCUUCCAGCGCUGGGGUGUGAUGGCGGACUGGGAUAAGUGCUACUACACCUUUGAUGGGACUUAUGAGGCAGCUCAGCUUAAGGUCUUCCAGGACAUGCACAGCAAGGGUCUGAUCUACCAGGACUACAAGCCAGUUUUCUGGUCUCCUUCCUCCAGGACAGCUCUUGCGGAGGCAGAGUUGGAGUAUAACCCACAGCACGUGAGCAAAGCAAUCUAUGCCACCUUCGCCCUGGCCACCCUGCCCCCUAAGAUGGCGGAAGCUGUAGGGGAGUUGGGCAGCAUUUCUGUGUUGGUGUGGACCACCCAACCAUGGACCAUCCCAGCCAACCAGGCUGUCUGCUUUAUGCCCAAUGCCCAGUACUCAGUAGUGAAGAGGAGAGACAGCUCACAGCUCCUCCUAGUGGCCACUGAGCGCGUUUCCAGCCUGGCAACACUGCUGAGCACAGAGCUGGAGACUGUGGGCACUUUCACAGGUACAGAACUUGAGGGAGGAGUCUGCCAGCAUCCCACCAUUCCCAGGAAGGAGGUUCCAUUGCUUCCAGCUAAUUUUGUGACCAUGGGCAAAGGAACGGGAUUGGUUCACACAGCUCCUGCCCAUGGGAUGGAGGACUACAGUGUGGCCUCUCACUUUAAACUAUCAGUGGAGUGUAUCGUGGAUGAGGAAGGCAGGUUCACUGAGCUGGCUGGGCCUGAGCUACAGAGUCUGUCUGUGAUGGGGGAGGGCAACGAUACAGUGAUCUCCAUGCUGAAGGCUGUCGGUUCUCUAGUGAAGGAGGAGGAGUGUGUCCACAGUUACCCGUACGACUGGAGGAGUAAAGAGCCUGUAGUCAUCAGACCCAGCAAACAGUGGUUCAUUGACAUCGCCAGCCUCAAAGACAAGGCCAAGGAAGUGCUGGCUAAGGUGCGUGUGAUCCCAGAAUCGGCGAGGGGCAGUCUGUUGGCCCACCUGGACAGAAGACCGUACUGGUGUAUCUCACGCCAGAGGAGCUGGGGUGUGCCCAUACCUGUGUUCUACCACAAGGAGACAGGAGAGCCUCUCAUUAACAAGCACACUGUAUCCCAUGUGACCCAGCUGUUCUCAGAGAAGGGCAGUGACUGCUGGUGGGAGCUGCCCCUGGAAUCUCUACUGCCACCAGAGGUGCUCAAGAAGAGUAAAGCAGGAGAGGUAACAGACUACGAGCGUGGAGAUGAUGUGUUGGACAUUUGGUUUGACAGUGGAACCUCCUGGGCUGCUGUUCUUGAAGACUCGAGGGCUGACGUGUAUGUGGAGGGAAAGGACCAGAUAGGUGGAUGGUUCCAGUCCUCUCUGCUCACCAGUGUUGCCGUGCAGAAAAGGGCUCCCUACAAGGCUCUGAUGAUACAUGACUUUGUGAUAAGCGAAAAAGGAGAGAAGAUGUCCAAGUCUUUAGGCAACGUAGUAGACCCCGAUACAGUCAUCCACGGGGGAGAGGACCCCAGUGUGUCUCCUGCCUAUGGAGUGGAUGUGUUGCGUUGGUGGGUGGCAGAGUCCAACGUCUUCUCUGAGGUCCAGAUCGGCCCCAACGUGCUCAACUCAGCCAGAGACAGCAUCAAUAAGUUGAGGAAUACCCUGAAGUUCUUGCUAGGGACUGCAGGGUUUGACCCUCGUACUCAGGCAGUGGACCCUAAAGAAAUGCACUACAUCGACCAGUACCUACUGCACCUUCUACGUAACUACAGUAUGAAGAUGACAGAUGCCUACAAUGAUUUUGGUGCAGGCAGGGCCAUCCGCCUGCUCCAAGCCUUCAUCACCAGAGACCUCUCCAAGUUCUACUUCAGCAUAAUCAAGGACAGGCUGUACUGUGAUCCUGAGGACUCGUUGGGUCGGCGGUCCUGUCAGACGGUUCUAGAGGAGAUUCUGGACGGAGUGACGCGCUCCAUCGCUCCUAUCCUACCUCACCUGGCCGAAGAGGUCUACUUACACGCCCCAGGACAUAACGAGGGGGAGACCCUGUUCAGGAGUGGCUGGAUUAAGAGCAGUCCUGUGUGGCGGAGGCCGGGAUUGGAGGAAGCCGUGGAGGGGGCAUGCGCUAUCAGGGAUUCCUUCCUGUCCUCUAUCCCAGGACGCAAUGCAGCCGAGUAUGAGCUGACCAUAGAGAUUGAGCCUGGCCUACUGUUUGAACUCAUUGAGUCUCUCCAAGACGAACCUACUUCCUCUUACUCUCAGCUAACAGAGCUGAUGAUGUCAUCGCAGACAACCCUGACUAGCGCCCUGCCCAGAGACCUGCCCGCUGAUGCCCUCAUCAGCAACGGCAGUUUCCUCAUCAACCUUGAGGGUGGGGUCAUCCGUGAGGACAGUGCUUACCAAGUAGCGGCAGUGCCCACCUCCAUGGCCCGGUGCCCGAGGUGCCGGCGGUACACCUCAAGCUCUCCAGACUGCCCCUGCCCCCGCUGCCAGACCAUCCUUACUGGGGCGCAGUGACACGUCCACCCGCACCAUCACAACCUGCAAAUUGCCGUUUAACCCGGUCUAUCUGCUUGAACUGACUCCAGACAACCAGGGGUCAACCAAGAAAGACCCUGCUUAGCAACGCACUGAGAGGGGAAACAGCGACAGCCAGACUGUCUGGCAGUUACCUAAAUGACGUUAUCUUUCUUCAGCUCUUCAACUGACAUUGACUCUGGCAUGCAGUGAGGAUGGAUGGUUUACAAGACAGGCUUCGUAAAACAAAGCACACAUUUUAUUUUGAUAGAGGGAAUUGUCAUAAGAGCUAUGCAGUACUUUUGAGUUCAUAAGACACCUCUCCCAAAGAAGGGCACAUCAGUGAUGUUUCCUAGAAAGGGACAUGUAUUGAUAGUCCUGGACCCCUCCUAUGAGGCACAGAGUGCAGUAAUAUACCUACUAAGAGAAUCAAGUCAUCGGGUCUGAUUAUUGUAUGUAUUAGAAGGAUAUAUAGGGGACGGUUCAACACUGAGCGCUUAGUUUUUUUUAUUUGUAUUCAUGUUUAAUGAUAAUCUGUAUAGUUCUCCUGUCCACUUCUACGAAAUCUAUUAAAUAAAGGAUGAUCAUUAAAAUACA